AUGACGCAACAUCCCCAGGAGAGCUUGUCCGAUGAACUUCCAUCUAUCAUUCGCUGGGGACUGUACAACGAUUUCAAGCACGCUGUCAUCAAUCAACACAAUGUACAAUUUGAACUGUGGUGUCAUGAUGUCGUUUCUAAGUCUAUACGUGAUGAUCCAGACUUUUUCAGGAAGCUUCUUCGUCAUGGUCUCAUUUACCCAAGUUGCUUUAAUAGCACAGGACUUAGUCUUGUCUACGUUGCAUUAAAUGAGAAUCAGAUCGACAUUGUCUGUGAGCUAGUGUCAAAACUGACGCCGGAGCAAAUUCUCGAGCCGGCAUCUAUCGUUGCUGCCCAUCGCCAAGAGACAAUUUUCGAGCUAGCCGUCACAAACGAACGCAUAUUUUCAAUCUGCUGGACGCGGCUUGAGGAACUAUCGGACCAGAUGCUUUGGGGAAAACUCCACCAGCAUCAUUUCACCUAUAUUUGCCGGUUUGCUACAUCGAAUCUCGUAGAUCGCAUGCUAUCUCGCGGGCUUGACUUGGCAUCCGUACUCCAAGUUGACCCUUUACAUGCCUGGACCGAAAUUGCUCUAUAUCACUCCAGACCUAAAGCUCUCUACGAAUGGUUCUCAUGCCAAGGAUACUGCCUUCCCCUUACAGAAAAUGCUUUAGACACACCACUUCUUGCUGCAGCUCGAAAUGAUCGGGUUGAGGCAACAAGCUGGCUCUUGUUUCAUAGCACCGAUAUGCGCGAACUGUGGCGCUGUGCAAUUGACGCGGCAAGGCGGCAGACAGCAGGCAGCAUUCUUAUAUUGCAGAUGGCUAUGAAACGUAUCUCUUUUCAAGUUCCAGUUCCUCUGUCAAAUUGGAUUGAGAGCCUUGCCAUUGAGAUUGUUCAAGGUGCUUGUAAUGAAGCUCAGGAGGAAAGGGUGAACUUGGUAGAGUGGUACGCUAUCCGGAAAGUUGGAUGUGCAGUACAGUUUGCCGACGACUCGCUUUUGUUUUCCCAGAGUAUGUUAUCAAUGGCAAAGGAUGCAAAUCUACCUAUCCUGGUGGAGUAUCAACAGACGCUUAAUGAUCAAGCUCGAAAGAUGCUAGCGCUUGAUUUUGGCCUUUCUUAG